AUGGCUUCAUGUGAGAAUUGGCAGGAUGAUCAAGAGGAUGAUGGACCUCUGCUAUCUCAUUGGAGCUCUGAAGAUGUCCUUAGUCCAGGUUCAUUAGAAGAUGAAGCAGGAGGCUCUCAAUUUGCUGGUAACCUGCAGUCAGACAUCACAGUACUCUUCUUGGUGCUUCAUGGUGGUAAUGUCCUGGAUGGUAUGCAGGAGACAGGGGCAAAGAGCAGUGAUAUCAACACCUUCAAGACUGCCUUUGAUGCAGUGGUGAGGGCGCAUUUCCCCGUAGCACAGGGUCACAUAGCGGUCAAGCUGGUGUCAUGUCCACCAACAUGCCAUGAAGCUGUAAAUUUGAUAACAAGCCUUGGGCCAUGUGGUGUUGAUGCCACAUCAUCAGCCUUUGACAACAAGCUGCAGACAAACACAGAUUUUGUUCCCAUCGGAGCUCUCUCUAUCAUGGCCACCUCCAACCCUGACUACCUAGAGUCUGUUACUGCUACUGUUGGCAAGAUGAAUGCUGCUUACCAUGAGUUUGUUAAGUCACAGGAAGGCCAUGGAUUCCAAGGACAGGUGUGUGUUGUAGGAGACUGCAUGGGUGCCAUCCUAGGAUAUGAUGCAUUAGCUAGGGGUACAUUUAUCACCCCACAGCAGUAUCUCUCACCAUCAAUCAGCACCAUGAGUAACUGUACCUUCUAUGAUGCACCCAUCUCCCCUCCAGGCUCAUCCACGCCCCCUUCUGGCUCCCCCACCCCUAAUAGUAUAUCCCCUGCCACGCCCCCUGGGAACAUCAACCAGCUCUCACCCACUCCUGUACAGUCUUCUAUCCUUACCCACAAGUGUCCCAGUAACAGUACAAUUGAGAUGCUGAGGUCCACUGAUGCAUUUGAUGGGGGGCCAAGGAAGCCCACUGCUACUAGUUCAAACAACCUCCAAGCAAUGCAUGAUACUGCCGCAAGGUAUACAGCACCAUCCCAUGAGAGAUUGAAGCGUUUUUCCAAUCCGAUAGCUUUCUCUAACCGUGACUCAGUGCAGAGCUACAGCUCUGAUAUCGGCCCUGACGGCAGGAGAAUCAGCCUCUGUUCACAGGUCAGUAUGACCUCUGACAUGAUGCUACCAAAGGUUGAAUUUGAGGUCACACAUUUCUUCAUGUUUGGUUCACCACUCGGCCUGGUGCUUGCAUACAGGAGAUCACUGCAGGACUUCAGACCAACCCUGCCUUUAAAACCAGCCUGCAGUCAGCUUUACAACCUGUUCCAUCGGACCGAUCCCUCAGCAGCCCGACUAGAACCUCUCCUACACAGCAAGUUUUCCGUAGUGACCCCAUUCUCUGUAGAGAGGUAUCAGAAGUAUCCCAUGGGUGAUGGAAGGUCUAGUGGACUCAUUGAUGCUAUAACCACCAACAUGUUACUAUUUUCUGAGGGGAGAGCUGAAGGGUACGGUAGAAGACACCCAAGCGUAGCUAGCUCAGCCAGCGAGGCAGGGGAGACUGAAGGGGUGUUAUCUGGACCUGCUUUACACACUGUUAAUGCUAUCACAUCAAAAUGGUGGGGCAGUAAGAGGCUGGACUUCGCCCUCUAUUGUCCCGAGGCACUGCAGGCAUUCCCGACUGGCGCCCUCCCUCAUCUAUUCCAUGCCAGUUACUGGGAGUCAACAGAUACCAUAGCUUUCAUUCUAAGACAGGUGUUUCACAAUGACAGUGUGAGUGUACACGCUGGUGAUGGGACGGCUGUUGCUAACUUCAUUCCUGCCCAGCCAAGAGAAAAAUGGCAGCGCAAAAGAACCUCAGUGAAAAUGAAGCAAAGUGUAAAUCCUAAUCACAGAGCUAAGGAUGUUGUAGUAGUAGAGGGUUCUCCUCAGAUGUUAGUAGGAAGAUUUAUGUACAGUACAUUGGACAUGGUUACAUUAACUGGAGAAAAGGUGGACAUUCACAUAAUGACACAACCUCCCUCUGGAGAAUGGGUUCAUUUUGCAACUGAAGUAACCAGUAGUAACGGCAGGGUUUCAUAUACCAUUCCAGAAGCAAGAAGAUUGGGUCAGGGUAUUUAUCCAGUCAAGAUGGUUGUCAGGGGUGACCAUACAUCAGCAGACUCUUAUUUGACUGUUGUACCACCUAAGACUGAGUGUGUAGUGUUUAGCAUAGACGGGUCAUUUACAGCUAGCGUCUCUAUCAUGGGUCGUGACCCCAAGGUCAGGGCUGGGGCAGUCGAUGUUGUGAGACACUGGCAGGAGCUCAACUACCUAAUCAUCUACGUCACAGCUAGACCAAGUAUGCAGAAACAAAAAGUAGUCUCAUGGUUAGCGCAACACAACUUCCCUCAUGGGGUGGUCUCAUUCUGUGAUGGCAUCACCACCGAUCCGUUACGACAGAAAGCAAACUAUCUCAAGGGGCUUGUCGAUCAGAGCAAACUGGUUAUACAUGCUGCAUAUGGUUCAAGCAAGGACAUUCCUAUUUACUGUAGCAUUGGUCUCAAACCAACUCAGAUCUACAUCGUGGGAAAGGUCUCAAAGAAAUACCAAUCACAGGCAGUCGUCCUAAGUGACGGGUAUGCCGCUCACCUUGAUGGGGUUAGUCGAUGCUCCCGUCCUGCUGUAGGAAACGCCCGUCUGGCUCUCAGAAAAGGUUGCUUUAGCCUGCCAGGUCAAUCAAAGCCAGUUAGACCAGCCAAACAACCUGCAACUAGAACUGCAUCCUACCACGGCAUUAGCCCAUCUGGACCAACGGGUAUUGGGUCCGGAGGGAGUGGGACAACGCGUACAUUGAGUAGAGCAACACAGGGUUCAGUCAAGUUUGAGGUGUGAGUAAUUUGAUGCUUCAUUGAGAUGAGUUUUUGAUGUGGGGCUUCUAAUUAUGGAACUUUUGUUGAUAUUAUGGCUCCAGCUGUAAGGAAGUGAUAAAGCAGUGUGUUAGUGGAGGAAGCUUGAUGCUGACUUAGAUCGGCUCAUUGGUUUGAAGGUUGAUAAACUUACAAAAGAAGUAAAGAAUGUGCAAUGAUGAAGCUAGAUGUGUCUCGCUGAUGCACAGUUUUCUGCAGCAGCAACAAAAGCAUACUUCAAGACUGCAGUUCUCUUGUUUCUCUCUAUAUUGACUGGCCAGCUGAUGCAGCAUGUCUGAUAAACCAACAUGAAGAGGGUUUUACGGGUCGGAACCAGCAUAGUCUGUCAACCUCCUAUUGUUUAGGGGCUAUCAUUCGGCUACAGUCAUUCAGAAAUCAAAGCAGACCAAUUUCCUCUUCACUUUACUUGAAGAACAAACUGUCAACUGAAACAUUGUUCUUACAUACAUGUUUAUCUUCAAGAAGUCAUUGUUUGAUGAACCAAACAUUUGUAAGUUAUAUUCUAAGUCUUACUGACUCAAAUGCAUUCCAAUGUAGAAAAGGGAAAAAAAUGUCAUUAUGCUACUAGAAAGUAUCAUAGUUUGUCUGUGAUUUGAACAAAACAUUUUUAAUUUUCCUUCCACUAAAGCAAAAGCUGAUAACAUCGUUUGAUUAUUUUUUAAUGUUUGCCUCAAUUUAUAUAAAAAUAUAUUUCUGUUUUGACAUCACUGUGUACUUGAGCAUCCCCAAAUACUCCAUGUUUUAUUGAAAUGCCUCCUGAAAAAUGAAUAAGCCAUUUGGCAGUCCCAUUCUGCGCAUGAUUAGAAGAAGGUCAUUAGUUCUAAAGUGACGUGGUGGUUUAAUAUUUAAUGAGAUAAACACCAACUUUGAUGUCUUGAUUAUUAAUUUAUUCUUUUUAAUUUUGUUUCUCAUUAGAUCCACAAAAAACAACAAUAAGUCCACUAGUAACUGGUAUUUGGCCAAGUACAUUGUUAUAGUGGUGUAGUGGUCCACCUGCAUUCCCCCAAUCAGUUAUAUCGGGAGGAGAGACCUGCGGGUCAUAGUGAUUCAGUUCGCUUUUCGCCUCCCAGGCACAGGUGACGCCAAAACAAAAUAAUAAUAAACAAAAUAAUAAAAUAAUAAUAAUAAUAACAACAUACUAAUGCAUUCAAAGUAGAAAUGCAACAAAUACCUUAAUAGAGUGUUCAUUGGUGUGCUACUCUAGUUACCCGGUCUAUUCAAUUUUUUCAUCCUGCUAUGUUAGGCAUACCUACAUAUAAUCUUGCUUUGAAAUUUGCCUAUCAUAAUGAAAGAAAUGAAAGGUCAUUUGACCAAAACUGCCCAUGAAGUAACUACAAAAUGGUCUAUUAUAUUGCUUGUGGUCUAUUCUAGAAAAAAAAAAAAAAUUUCCAUAUGAAUUUUAUUUUUAUCCCAUCAUAAUACUACAGUGCUGUUUGCAUCCUGGACACCUGCGCUGCUUCAAAUACAUCCUGAUUUUAAUAUCACAUGGAUGUAAAAUGUGAUUUCAUUACUG